AGGCGCGGGCUGGAGGUUCCCCAUGGGGACCCCAGUUCCACUUGGGACGGAAUUUGGGAGAGCGAUCUGGGGCCCCUCAUGUCUAAGGGAUUGGAAUGAGUCGUAGACCUUGCUGAUACCUUGGCGUCAUGUUGCAGCAUUUAAGAUCGUUGGCUUCCUUUUUCCAUCCUUUCGUUGGCGAAGGAUCUUGACACAGUCGACUGAAACCAAAAUCGUGGCCAUCAUGAGCAAAGACACACCAGGGGUUCCGCCCCCUUACAUGUUGGACUUGGACAACACCAAAGAAAGCAAUUCGGGGGCUUCUUCUCAUUUGGAAAAGGCGAUUGCGCCGGGAGAGCAACAGCUCAGGUCCAGCGAGUUACUGGACCCCAGGAACCCACGUAACUGGCCCAAAUGGAAGAAAAACACACAAAUCCUCAUGGUGGCCUUCCAUUCCAUGGUAGCUACCUUCAUGGCUGCGGGUAUCAUCCCCGCCUACGAGGCGAUGGCUGAAGACUAUGGCGUGACGAUCCUGCUGCUGGGAGUAACGCCUUUGAUCUGGAAACCCAUCACCUCUAUUUACGGCCGAUACCAUAUAUUUCUGUUGUCCGUCUUCGGGAGUCUCAUCUGCAACAUCGGAGGCGCCUGCUGCACCACGUAUGGCGGCCAGAUGGCGACUCGAGUGCUCACGGGCAUCCUCAUCUCGCCACCAAUUGGCAUCGGGAGCGGUGUAAUCACGGAGCUCUGUGAGCCCGAGGAGCGCGCGCAGAAAAUCGGCUGGUGGACACUGAUGCUGACACUUGGCACCCCCGGUGGGCCUUUCAUCAUGGGUUUUGUCACGCACCAUAUCGGCUACGAGUGGAUCUUCUGGAUCUUCGUCAUCAUCAAUUUCGUCCAACUCAUUGCGUAUAUCCUCCUGGGAGAGGAGACCGUCUAUAUCGUCGAUGAUAACGCAUCUGCGGAAUCGACCGAGUCUGGCCAGGGCUUCUUCGGCAGGCUCAUCCCGCGACGCAUCGAUCCGCGCCCCCUGAAGAUGCGCGACUUUAUCGAGCCCUUGUUCUUCAGCCGGUACUCACGGGUCUUGAUCCCCGCGUGUGCCCACUCCAUCGUCUUCUGCUACGGCAAUAUCGCCCUCAUCGUCGAGAUGCCCAUCGCCUUCGGCGAGGAGUUCCACUUCAACCCGCAGCAGAUCGGCCUGCAGUUUAUUGCCAUCAUCAUCGGCUGCGUGCUGGGCGAACAGUUGAGUGGGCCCGUAUCGGAUUGGUUCCUCAAGACCAUGAGCCGCCGCCGCGGGCACGUCCAACCUGCGGAUCGGCUCUGGCUGUCCUAUAUCGGCUUCGGGACGGUUAUCGCGGGCCUGUUGACUUGGGGAUUCCAGCUAGACAAGGCCACCUCGUGGAAUGUAACUCCGUGCGUGGGCGCGGCAAUUGCCAGCUUCGGGAAUCAGAUCAUCACCACCAUUCUCAUCUCCUUUGCUGUCGACAGCUACAAGGAACAUGCCACCAAUGUCGGAGUCUGCAUCAAUGUCUACCGCCACAUCUAUGGAUUUAUUGGUCCGUUCUACUUCCCGCCCAUGUUUGAGAGCCUCAAGUUGGCGGGUGCCGCAGGUGUCAUGUGUGCCAUCAUCGGCGUGUGCGCUUUGAUUCCGAUCAUUGCCAUCCAAUAUGUAGCGAGUCGAGCGGACCGGUGA